UGUUAUGCAUUCCACGCUGUUGAACUGCUCUUCCACAACUGCUGUUCUCCCUAUCGCUCACUCCACCUCGCCUCCGUGUUGACGGAUAUCCACCAUUAGUCGCUCCUCCUCGGUUGGCUCUCACCCACUCUUUACUUACCUAGUCGCCAUUCUCCUCGUUCGUCCAGCCGCACUCGCCGAGGAAAACAAUCGCCUCGCGAAAACCGUCCGUCGGCCUUGCGAAAGCCGUUCGCCUCGCGAAUCCAGUACAGGCCACACGUUGUUGACGCGCAGCGUUCUGGAGAAUUCCCAACAACCUCGAGCAGCGUCUAGUUUUGAGGCGCCUCAAAAUAACAACCUCGCGCAGCGUCAGAAUUCUCGCCGUGACCUCUUCCCUCCUCCGCCAUGGCGUUGUCUCCCCUCUGCGCGCCUCCCCUCGGAGUAGCAAUCCUCCCUCCUUCCAACACUCCUUUCACCUACCCCCCGCCUCCUCCCGUUUCGCACACGGAGCUCUCCACCUGCUCCGCCUCCCUCUCCCCCUGGCCCUUCCCGCUCCCGCUCCCGCGCCCACAGCCCAGAUGCUCCCCAUGCCAUGCCUUUAUCCCCGUCCCCGUCCCCGUUCCCGCCCCCAUCGCCGCCCCCUUCCCUGUUCCUGUUGCGUCUCCCAUAGUCGAAGCGCGGCCGGCAGUCCACGCCCGCGCUCCGUGUCCGCGCGCGAGCCAGCGCUGGCAGCACCAUCGUGCCGCCCUUGCGCCAUGCCUCAUCGAGGAGGUGGCGGAGAGCGAUGGGCCCUGCGAGGCCUCCCCUGUGCAUGCCCGCACCACCGCUGCCACUUCUGCCAGCGUGGAUUACAGACUUCAUGACGUGGAUUACAGUGUUCAUGACGUGGAUUACAGGCAGCGUGUCGCGGCGGAUUACACUCAGCAUGCUCAGCUUCCCACGGGCGCCACGAUCGUCGCACAGGACGGGAUGGAGAACCUCGAAUCGCGAGUCGAGUCGCGGCCUCAACCGCUCGACUCGUUCCUCGGCGGCGGCAGCGUCCUUCGUGGCGUGGACUGCGGGCCGGUGGAUCGCCUCUUUCCCGCCCAAUUCUCCCCGGCUUCGGCGGCAGAUGGAUCUUCACUGGGGACCAGCGCCGUCGCCGUCGGCGGCGGCGGCGGCGGCGGCGGCUGCGGGCUGCCCGUGGCAGCGAGCUGCGGUGCUACCGCGGGGCACGCACAGGCGGUGACGUCACUGGCCGUUCUCGAGAGGAUCCGCGCGCUCCCAGGUCUAGGGGGAGGCGCGCCGGUGCCGCACCGGCCCAUGUCCCGCGGCGCGAAGGCGGCCGUGGCGCGGGUGAUGCUGCGGCGGCGCGCUGCGGAGCAGCAUCAGAAGCAGCAGCGGCAGCAGCGGCGGCAGAAGAGCGAGGGAGAGCUCGCGGCGAAGGCGCGCGACAUGCCCUGCCCGCGCGCGCCACUUGUAGCGGUCCGCGGAUCGCCGCAGGCAGGGGGGGAAGCGCCGCUUGCUGGUUGGGAGGAGGCGCGGGGCGUGGGGAAAGGCGAGGGGAUGGGGGGGGAAGAAGCGGUGGAGGAGGGGCGCGAAGGACGGAGCACGGUGCUCUCUGGGGGCGGCAGUGCUGCUGCUGCUGCUGCUCGCAGCGAGGGCGCGGCUCUGGGGCCAGUGGUGUCAGUGGUGGGCACGAAGCGAGCAGCGCGCGAGCUGCGAGCGGUGGCGGAGGCGGCUGUGCCGGUGUCCAAGGCUGCGCGGACCAUGUGGGAAGUCGUGGCGUGCAGUGAACGGGCGCUGGCAGACGCCGCAGGCGCCAUCCGCGCCGCACACGCAACAGAGGCGGCGGCGGCGGCGGCGGCAGAGGUGGCAGCAGCAGAGGUGGCAGGGAGCGUUCUGCUGGGUUGGAACGGGCUGGAUGAAGGGCUCGGAAGGGGGUUUGAGUGGCUUGUGGGGGAGGAGUUGGGAGUGCGAGCCACGAGCCAGAGACGUUUUGGAGGAGGGCAGUCGGCGGGCGCCUUUUUUGAGGUGCCUCAAAAGCAGUUUGAGUGGCCUGUGGGGGAGGAGGUUGGAGUGCGAGCCACGAGCCUCAGCCUGUUGGGAGGAGGGCAGUCGGGGGGCGCGGGGGGGUUGUGUGUGGGGCAGUGUGCGUGCUGCGGCGGUGUGAAGGCUGCCUGGACGGAGUGCAUUGAUUCCAAGGCGGCUACAUGUGUUGGGGGGCUCUCUGAUGAUGUCAUCAGCAGAGCCUGAUGGCUCCAGGGCUCAAAGGCUCCAAGACUCAAUUGCUCCUAGGCUCCAUGGCCAUAACGGUCCUAGCUGAGCUUAGUAGGAUCUUAGGUGCUCUCAUUGCUCCCCUUAGUGCCCUUGGCCUUGAGCGCAAGUGGCACGUAUGAAGGCGCUUGCUUGCUGUGGGCAACAGCAGGAUGCCCCCACACCUUCUGCCUAGCCUGGCAGGCAGUACCAUAGCUUCUGAUCUGAUGUACUCAACUCAUCAACUACUCAUCA